AUGGUUGCUAUGUACAAUGUCGCAGGCCGCCAGGUCGGAUCACACUGGCUGGCCAUAGCUACGCUCAGCACCGCAUUCGGUCUUCCCUGGCUGCUGACAAGAGGCGGUGGAUCGAAAAAAUCAAGUACACCUCCGAUCAACGCCUCGAGCAAGGACGAAGAGAAGUUCAUUCAGGAAUUCUUACAACAGGUGGAGCAAGAAGACAAGGCAGGCAAGAUCUCAGGCAAGGAGGCGCAUUAG